AAUUAUUUGAACUAUUGACGUCUACAAACACACGCCUGGGACUCACACAAAAUGCCUGACGCCUAUAUGAUGGGCUCGACGGCAACGCUCAAUGCUCGUCGGCAGUACAGAUCGGUUGCAUUUGGCACGUGGAAAGUGGGCGGAGCCAGGAAUAUGACGGAGCGAAGGUCCGAGGAGCCACUUUCAAGACUGAAAUGUUCAUCACCAGAACUACACCAUCUGUCAACAGUAGCAGCAACAGCAUCAGAAAGAGGAUCUCAGUUAACUGCCACCUCAUCCACCCUAGGACCGUCAACUCUUCUCAGUGUCGAUAAACGUCAUAGUCGUCUUGGAGAGAGCAGUCCGAAUUUGUCCCGUAUUCACCAUACUCACACACAGUUAUCACUAGGUCUUCCUAACAAAAUGAACCAAACGAAUGAUUUCUUCUCAAGCACGGAAUAUUGUCAGUAUGUCUGCAGUCGCGAGGAUAUUGACUCCUUCAACGGAAACUCGACCGGCGGAAAAUCGUCGGAACAACCCAUCCAAGCAGCCUUCCUUCGAAAAUCACGAAAAGAUGGUGGUGGACUGCACCUAGACGACGUUUCCACAUCGCAUCAUCACAACAACCAUCAGCAGAAAGGCUCUCGAAACUUGAAAUAUUCUCAAAGUUCGCGACGAAAAUACGAGCAAGCGACGACGACGACUAGCGGUAGUUCAACUGACGAUUCGGAUCGAGGAAGCGGAAGUAGCAGUGGAUCGCAUCAUCGAUCUCAUAGCGCUGGUCCCCACACAACCUACUCGACAACUUCGAAUCACGCCGUCUCAACGACCGAAAUGAAUCGAUCCGGAGUACGUGGCGGCCCGAACGCGGAGAGCAACACGACGUUCCUGAGAGCUACGAAGAGGUUCUUCAAGAAGAUCUACACAUCGGCGACACUUCCCAAGAAACAGAAUAGCACGUCUAUGGAUAAUUUCCAAAAAUCGUCGGUGUUCUUUGAGGAUACCGCUCAUCAUCAUAAUCCGAAUAUGGAUGGAAGAAUUCUGAAGAAGGCGCCAUUGUCGACUGAUGAGAAUGAUUAUUCAAAUCACCUCGAUGAUGAUUAUGAUGACGAGACAAUGCGCUCCGAAAAUGCGACGAUGGACAUUAGCUAUCCGGACAGUGGAUUCGAGAUGGACAGAGCUUCAACACCGGAACAAUCGAGUGUCUCCAUGACAUCCACGUCGAAAAGCGGAGAUGAUCCGGUCAACUUCACCAAUUUGUUCGAGCAGCUGAAAAGGGAGAUGAAAGAAAUGCGAGAACGCGACGCUCAAAUCCUUUCCGAUCUUCAACGCGUCGAGACCCAAAUCCAAUCGGUGAAGCAAGCGCAAAUCCUCGCCUCACUUCAAGACGAAUUCGAGCCGGUGGAGAGCAUGCCGCUCUGAAUAGAUAGGCAGAUUCUUAGAUAAUCACAAAACUCUUCUUACCUCCCAGUUUCUUAUAUUCCCCCCAGUGUUGUUUCUUCUUCUGUCUCAAAAUCUUGUUGUCGCCGGUCUAGUCUCCCUCAUCCCCAUCUUCUUAAAUCAUCCCAAAUUAUUAUGUGCUGAACGGGUCCCCAAACUCUCAAAAUUAUCGAUCGAUUAUUGUAGCUCUCUCUCUCUCUCUCUCUCUCUCUCUCUCUCUCUCUCUCUCUUUUCCAACUUAUCGAUUAAUUAUGUAAAUAUAUGCCCCUAUUCUUUAAAGAAACAUGUAUUUCAUUGUCGAGGUGCACACACACACAUUUUCUCCCCAAACUCACCUUAUUCCUCAAUUUUUAUUCUUUUUUGACGCUCACCAAGUCUCUGAGUGCUCCGCGUGCAUUUUUGUGUGAAAAUGCAUAAAAAUUGUGGUGCCAGAGAGACGACCAAGUGUUUCAAGUACAACGGAAUCAUGAAAAGAAUAAAUGAUGAAUUU